GCUUGGUCGGAGAUUGAGGACUGGGAAUCCGCUUCCGGGAGGGCACUGUCUAGUGCACAGGCAACCUGGCCUUGGCCUCCUAGCCCGAGAAGCCGAAUCUCCCUAAUCCCUGUGACCUGUGUCACCUCUCCGUCACGACGAGGGGGACAAGUGGGGAGAAGUCUGGUGUCAGAUAGGAUGGCGCUGGAAGAGGGUGCCACAGCGGGGACGGAAGGCGCCCCCACCCCAACUCCACGGGAAUAUAAACAAUUUGUAUUUUCCGAUCAGGUGGCGGGACAGGCUUCAUUGGGACAGCCCUAACCCAGCUGCUGAAUGCCAGAGGCCACGAAGUGACGUUGAUCUCCCGACACCCUGGGCCCGGCCGGAUCACGUGGGAUGAGCUCGCUGCAUCGGGGCUGCCGAGCUGCGAUGCCGCCGUCAACCUGGCCGGAGAGAACAUCCUCAACCCUCUCCGAAGCUUACUACCAGCCCAGUCUGACUGCGGAGUAUGAUGAAGACAGCCCAGGAGGAGACUUUGACUUUUUCUCCAACCUCGUAACCAAAUGGGAAGCUGCAGCCAGGCUUCCUGGAGAUCCUACACGCCAGGUGGUGGUGCGCUCAGGGGUUGUGCUGGGCCGUGGGGGUGGUGCCAUGGGCCACAUGCUGCUGCCCUUUCGCCUGGGCCUGGGGGGCCCCAUCGGCUCAGGCCACCAAUUCUUCCCCUGGAUACACAUUGGGGACCUGGCAGGAAUCCUGACCCAUGCCCUUGAAGCAAACCACGUGCACGGGGUCCUGAAUGGAGUGGCUCCAUCCUCCGCCACUAAUGCUGAGUUUGCCCAGACCUUGGGUGCUGCCCUGGGCCGCCGAGCCUUCAUCCCUCUCCCCAGCACUGUGGUGCAAGCUGUCUUUGGGCGAGAGCGUGCCAUCAUGCUGCUGGAGGGCCAGAAGGUGAUCCCACGGCGAACACUGGCCACUGGCUACCAGUAUUCCUUCCCAGAGCUAGGGGCUGCCUUAAAGGAAAUUGUAGCCUAAGUAGGUCGUGGCAAGGGCCUGAGGCCUGUCCCUCACAGGCUUCCAAGUUAGGCACUGUGAAUAGGCUCAGUUCCUCUAGAGAGCUGAAGCCAUCUGGUUCUUAGAUUCCUCUCCCAGUCCUCUUUCCCAUUGUUCUGUUGCUCCACCUUAUUGUCUCAAGGCCGUAAUCUCUUCAGGUUGGGACAUUAAUCUUUUCAACUCCUUGUAAGAUUUCCCAGUUUGGUUUCUCUCCAUGUCCUGCAGCUGCCCCACUUCUCCUUUACGCUGUGUAGAGAAUGCUCUGCAGUUUAGGCAAUAAAAAUAAAUUGUCUCACUAA